GCGGCGGAUGCGAGUGUGUAUGUGCGGGCGAGAAGAUGGCGGCGGCGGGGGAAGCAGCGUGAGGACUCGGACGGGCGCCGAGGCUCAUUGAAACGGGCCGCCAUGGCCCUCCGCAACCCGCAGUAUAUUUUUGGAGAUUUUAGUCCUGAUGAAUUCAACCAGUUCUUUGUGACCCCUCGCUCUUCAGUUGAGCUCCCUCCGUUCGCUGGAACAGUCCUGUGUGGCCCACGGGCUGCGGAUGACCUGCUCGACGGACAAGACUAUCAGAGAAUUGAAUUUGGUGUGAAUGAAGUAAUUGAACCCAGUGACCCUCUGCGGAGAACCCCCAGCUACAGUAUUUCAAGCACACUGAAUCCUCAGGCCCCGGAAUUUAUCCUUAGUUGCACAACUUCCAAAAAGACCCCUGAUGAUUUAGAUAAAGACGUGAACUGCAGCUCCGCCGCCUGUCCCUACCCAGGCUCUGCCCUUGCCCUGGAUGGCGGCGCUCCCGUGGAGGUGGAAGUUGGAGAAAGUGAUGGCGUCUCAGGUGGUCUUGGACAAAGGGAGCGUAAAAAGAAGAAAAAACGGCCACCUGGCUAUUACAGUUACUUGAAAGACGGCGGCGAGGGUGGCCCUGCCGCGGAAGCCCUGGUCAAUGGCCAUGCCGCUCCAGCCGUCCUGAGCAGCGCAGGCGCUCGGGAUGCCGAGCUGGUGGGGCACGGGCCCCCGUCAGGGACCCCCAGGACUUGCGGCAGCCCCCCGGACCCCACGGACCUCGUCAGUGACGCUGGGCCUGGUGGCUCUUUGCCCGGCGCCCUGGACGGCGGGGCCAGGACUGCGGGGCAGCCUGAGGACCCGCCCGGGGCUGACCUCGAGCAGCCCUGCCUCCCCGCCGAGGCCGGCAGGGACACCCUGUUGAGGACAGCUGGGGCUCAGCCGUGUGUCGGGACUGAUACUACUGAGGACCUGGGAGUCGCUGACGGACAAAUACUUGAAUCCUUGGGUGAGGGCCCAGCCGCCAACGGGGUGGAGUCGCACACUGUGGAAAGCAUGGACUCGGACCCAGCGAAAGCCGAGAGCACCUCUCCUCCUGGGGACGCCCCGGCCCCGGCCUCGGGCUCGGUGCCGGGCGCCGCUCCCGCCAGCCAGCCCGCGAAGUCGUGGGCCAGUCUUUUUCAUGAUUCUAAGCCCUCCUCUUCCCCCUCCUCGCCUGUGGUUUCGGUGGAAACUAAGUAUUCCCCUCCCGCCACGUCUCCCCUGGUCUCUGAAAAGCAGGCCGAAGUCAAGGAAGGGCUGGUUCCAGUUACAGAGGAUCCUGUAGCCAUAAAGAUCGCAGAGUUACUGGAGAACGUGACCCUGAUUCAUAAACCAGUGUCCUUGCAACCCCGCGGGCUGAUCAAUAAAGGAAACUGGUGCUACAUUAAUGCUACGCUGCAGGCCUUGGUUGCCUGCCCUCCGAUGUACCACCUGAUGAAGUUCAUCCCCGUGUUCUCCAAGGUGCAGCGGCCGUGCACGUCCACCCCCAUGAUAGACAGCUUUGUUCGGCUAAUGAAUGAGUUUACCAAUAUGCCAGUACCUCCAAAACCCCGGCAAGCGCUCGGGGAUAAGAUCAUGAGGGACAUCCGCCCCGGAGCUGCCUUCGAACCCACGUACAUUUACAGACUCCUGACCGUCAUCAAGUCGAGCCUGUCUGAGAAGGGUCGGCAGGAGGACGCGGAGGAGUACCUGGGCUUCAUCCUGAAUGGCCUCCACGAGGAGAUGCUGAGCCUCAAGAAGCUUCUCUCCCCGAACAAUGAAAAACUUACUGUUUCCAACGGACCCCAAAGCCACCUGGUGGACGAAGACGAGCAGGAAGAACCAGGCGAAGGAAGUGAGGACGAAUGGGAGCAAGUGGGCCCCAGAAAUAAGACCUCGGUCACUCGCCAGGCGGAUUUUGUUCAGACCCCAAUCACUGGCAUUUUUGGUGGACACAUCAGGUCCGUGGUUUACCAGCAGAGCUUCAAGGAGUCUGCCACCCUGCAGCCCUUCUUCACGCUGCAGCUGGACAUCCAGUCCGACAAGAUCCGCACCGUCCAGGACGCGUUGGAGAGCCUGGUGGCGAGAGAGUCUGUCCAGGGCUACACCACCAAAACCAAGCAGGAGGUUGAGAUCAGUCGAAGAGUGACUCUGGAAAAACUGCCUCCUGUCCUCGUGCUGCACCUAAAACGGUUUGUCUACGAGAAGACUGGUGGAUGCCAGAAGCUUAUCAAAAACAUCGAGUAUCCUGUGGACUUGGAAAUUAGUAAAGAACUGCUUUCUCCAGGGGUUAAAAAUAAGAAUUUUAAAUGCCACAGAACCUAUAGGCUAUUUGCAGUGGUCUACCACCACGGCAGCAGUGCCACGGGCGGCCACUACACCACGGACGUCUUCCAGAUCGGCCUCAACGGCUGGCUGCGCAUCGACGACCAGACGGUCAAGGUGAUCAACCAGUACCAGGUGGUGAAGCCCGCCGCAGAGCGCACAGCCUACCUCCUCUAUUACCGCCGCGUGGACCUGCUGUAGCCGCCGCUGCCGCCACCACCGUGCCCGCCGCUGCCGCCGCUGCCGCUUGUAGAGCCCACCUCGCCCCGCCCCCCUCCUCUCUGUAGUGGCUCUUUAGAGAGAAACUCGUUCUCCCUCCUGCAGAAAUGGGCUAGGAUGAAAGGAGACGCCUUGGGGUUUGCGCACAACAUGGCUUACGCUGGCUCCUAACUUCCAGAUCCAGAGCAUUGGGUUUAAGAGAAUACACCCAAAAACCACAUUUCUGAAAUAAUGCCGAUUCCUGAGUCAGAAGGGGAACUUGCAUUUGAUUCCCAGUCUCAUUGCGUAGUAGAAUAAAUCCUGCACCAGCAACACUUGUAAAUUUGUGAAAAUGAAUUUUAUCUUUCCUUAAAAAAGAAAUUUUUUAAUCCAUCACACUCUCCUCCCCCCACCCGUUAGUUUUUGAUAAAUGAUCAAAAUGAGCCAGUUAUCAGAGAAGAGACAGUUCGUACUUCAAAAGAAAAACACACACAAAAAGUCAGUUGCUGGUUCCUAACAGGAAAAGUACAUUUUAAUGAUUGUGUGAGAAGCUGCUUAAACGUCUGCGUUGCGGACCAGACCCUUGGAGUUAACGUGUUAGUCACGUAGAUGGGUGAUUGUAACUGUAUUGCCAUUAAAAGACUUCAGAUUGCAUUCCUGCUUCUGUGUACACCUAAUGAAAAGUGGGCAAAAUGAUGGAGAUGGAUGUUUCCUUAAGUCUGCUCUUGACUUCUGCUGUCUGCUCUCCCACAGUGCUGCGUCUCUAAUUGUACAGUUAGUGAUGCCUAGGAGUAUGAAGUUGUCGCCCAUCAAUAAAAAUCACAGCGUUGGUUUUA